AUGUCGCGUCCGGUGUCACUGCAGGAGGCCCAGAAAAGCCUUCUCAGCUUUGGUUCGACCAGGGAACGCGAAUUCUACAAGUAUUUGCCGCAGCCCGCAUACCCUUUACCACAUUACAAUCGUGAUACCUCCUCCGCAGAGCACAAAGCCCGCUCGACGUCGGACGCGUCCCUUUCCGCCUUUGCUCAGCUGGGCGUACUGCGAUUAGAUGCACAACGAUCCACAAUUUCGCUUUUCGGUCGUCAUGAGGAGCACAUCCUGACCGAAGCAACCAGAACCCUCAGUCUGCGGGAUGACAGCGACCACGAGACUCCAGAUGAACUCUGGGUGGGAGCCUGUACAAUGUCUUACGAACGCAGCCUUUGCGCAGCGAUCGCGAGCAUGUCAUCGUCCACGAACAACUCUUCCUGCCCAGUCUAUAUGAUCCCUGAUUUGACACAAAGUGAUGACCACAAAAAUCAUCCCGAUGUCACAAGCUACCCCCAUGUCCGCUUCUUUGCGUCCGCUCCGAUUGUCAGCCCGAAAGGAAUCGUGAUCGGCGCCUUCACAAUCCUCGACGAUAAACCUCGACCAUUACUUGACCCUGGCCAUCAAAAAUUCUUGACAGACAUGGCUGCGACUAUAAUGGACUAUUUGAUCAUGAACCGGUCCAGGAGCCAACACCAGCGAAGUGAGCGGAUGAUUAUCGGGCUAGGAAGCUUUCUGGAAGGGAAAGGGAGCUUGCGUAGCUCCUGGGUGGAUUCAGACGAAAGUGGACAGAACAUUGUAUCAAAUGACACCAUCGAAGGUCGUGUCAACGCGAAACAGCAGGACAAACAGCGUUUGGAAAAUGCGGCUCCGGGCAAAAAAUCAAAUGAUCGUCAUGGUGAUUUACCUUUCCGCCCAGGUCGACCCAUUUCCUCGCCGAAAUUGAAAGCGAGCGAUUCUAGAGAGCGACAGGGCUCUGUGCCAAGACCAAGGACCAAGAUCGCACGGCCCAUGGGGGAUCAUUCAAAGCCUCAGAAUCCGGGAUUCACUUCCUCUGGCAAAGGCGCAGCGGGUAAGGCUCCAUCGAACAAGGAGGUCACUUCAAGCCAAAUUGAAGAAACCUUUUCGCGUGCGGCCAACAUCGUUCGCGAAAGUCUAGAGGUUGAGGGGGUCAUUUUUUUCGACGCCAAUUUCCGUGGUCAAGCGGCACUUGUAACAAGCAACAUCUCUGAUGGUGAAAGCAGUCUGGAUGAUUCUUCAAGUGAGACCGAACUGAAAGCAAAAAAGGCGUUAGCACAGACUGAGAUCCCCCAGCCAAUGUCUGAAGACACUGGAAAAGCAACAAAGAACCCGUGUCAAAUCCUUGGGUUCGCCACCUCGGACGCCUCGAGCAUUAAUUGGGAAGCCACUGGGGACCAGAACUUUGCAUUGUCCGAAUCCUUCCUCGCUGGACUCUUGCGCCGAUAUCCCAGUGGCAAAAUCUUCAACUUCGAUGCCGACGGAUCCAUAUCAUCCGACGAAACUAGCGACUCUAUAUUCAAGAGCUUUGCUGCCAAGAGGUACAAAAAGACUCGAAAGUCAGCCUUACGACAGGAUGCUUCAACCCUUCUCAAUAUAGCUCCUGGUUCUCGAAGCAUUAUAUUUUCACCAGUCUGGGAUUCCCAUAAGUCUAGAUGGUUUGCAGGGUCAUUCGCAUGGACCAAGACCCCCCAACGAGUCUUCACCCUUGACGAUGAAAUGACAUUCUGCUCCGCAUUUGGUAGCUGCCUCAUCGCGGAAGUCCACCGUCUCGGCGCCCUAUUUGCAGAGCAAGCCAAGUCCGACCUCCUUGCUGGCCUGAGCCAUGAGCUUCGAUCUCCACUUCAUGGCAUAUUCGGCACUGCAGAACUUUUGAGCGAUACAGCGAUAGAUGCCUUGCAACGAGGAUUUGUGCACACUAUAGCAUCUUGCGCAAAUACCUUACUUGGUUCCAUCAACCAGCUCCUUGAAUUUUCUGGUAUCAACGACGACAAUCACAAUCGUGGUACGAGAGCCCCUCUUGAUCGCCAGAAUUCAUCAACAAGUCAGUUUGGGCCCGAAUCUAGCGUCCAAGUAGACGCCAUUGUGGAAGAUACCAUCGGAGCCAUCUUUGCAGGUUUCUGCUUCUUCCACAGCUCGCGCCUCCCCCUGCGGGGCGGAUCCAGGACCAAUGCAGGCUUGCCUGGGCGUGUUGAUGUCAUUCUUGACAUCGAAGAGUCAUCAAGUUGGACCUUUAACACUCGCCCUGGUGCGCUACACAUCAUAUUGACAAACAUUGUUGGCAACUCUUUGAAGUACACCCAAGAGGGUUAUAUCCUUAUCCAGGUCAAGACAACACCUACCACUUCUGACGAAGAUGGUACGCCAGUGCGUUCUGCACUCACCAUAUCUGUCCAAGACACAGGGUGUGGGAUGGACCCGGAGUUUCUCCGGGACGGUUUCUUCACUCCCUUCAAGCAAGAAAAUGCCCUACUACCCGGGAAUGGUCUUGGUAUGAGCAUUACACAAAAGACGAUUGAAUUCUUCCAUGGGGAUAUUGAAGUUGACUCUCGGAGAGGAGUUGGCACUCAUAUCCAAAUCUCUCUUCCACUUGAAAAUGCACCAAAGAAUGUAAUCUCUGAUGAAGGCCUCGGCCAUAACACACAAGCUGAUGAGCUUGCUUCCGCGAGAAGUUUGAUGCGCCUGAAGACCGUUGGAAUACUAGGCCUUGGGCCUUCCGAUACAGAUACAUCCACGUCUUUGUCCUUGCAAAAUAUAUGCCGCGAGUGGCUUCAGAUGGAGGUUGUGAUUGUCAACCCUUCGGAAUCGAAUUUCCGCCAUUGUGAUUACUACAUUGCGUUCCAUGAUUAUUUGGAUAUUGGCAAUCUUGAGAUCAAAGCUAUCGCACCUGGUCCAGAGUCGCGGAUCUCAUCUCCCGUCAUUGUCAUAUGCCCUUCUCCAAGGGUUGCUCACUCGCUCCUCCUAGCAGCCCAACAAAGAGGAGAUUUAGAGGUGUUAGAGUUCAUCUCUCAGCCCUGUGGGCCCCGAAAGCUGGCAAUCGCACUUGAAGCUUGCGCGAAACGCCAGGAUACUCGCAUCUCCAGAUCCAACACCCCCCUCAGCUCGGCCGUUUCAUCCGUUGAUAUGCCCAAGAGGCAAAUAUCCUCGACUUCCGCUUCCACCCAAGGACCCAGUGGCUCACCUGGGCUUCGGUACCCGAGUACAAUGAAAUCAAUAAGUAGUGGCCACACAAAAGCUUCCGGAAAGUACAAGCCUCCGCUAGCAGAUGAGGAUUACUUUUCACUCGUGGCCCCUGCACUAGCCCCCUCGCCAGAACCUGGGAGGUCACCUGAACCCCAGAGCAUGGACCAGUUUCCUCCGACCCCACGGGGCUCGUUCACAGUCUUGCUUGUGGAUGACAAUCAUAUCAAUGUAUCGCUGCUGGCUGCCUACAUGAAAAAACUAGGUCUUGAUUACCUCACUGCACACAAUGGGCAAGAAGCACUCGACACGUUCAAGGAGUCUUAUUCUACGAUUAGCGUCAUAUUGAUGGAUAUUUCCAUGCCGGUGAUGGAUGGCCUGGAAUCCUCACGACAGAUUCGUGCCUUCGAGAUGUCCUUGAAAUCGCAGAAUCAUGUACCAAUCAUUGCUUUGACUGGUGUCGCCCAAGCCGAGGUCCGACGUGAUGCAAUAGGAUCGGGUAUGAACAUGUUUUUAACAAAACCAGUGCGACUAAAUCAAAUUGCAACAGUUAUCGGGGACCACACGGGCAUGAUCUUGACCCCUGGCUCUGUUGGUUGA